AUGCCGAGAUGGAUGGGGGAUGCUGAGUCUGAGUCGGGUGUGACCAACCAGUCUUCGGAUGGAUCAAGUGUAAACAUAUUCGACGGCUACAGCUCAGACAGUUCUGGAUCCGAAGUGGUAAUGAACUAUCCAAGUGAGUCAGAAGAGAUGGACUUUGUUGGUAUUCCAGUACAUCGGCAAUACGCGGUAGGCCACCAACACUACGGUCUAGGCCCAGAACCGUGUUGCCAACAAGAAGAAGUUGAACUAGAAGAGGAUUCCGAAAGGGAUUCGGAAGAAGUCUAA